AUGUCAAAGGAAACCUUCGCAUUCAAUGCCGAUAUCAGGCAGUUGAUGAGUUUAAUCAUUAACACAUUUUACAGCAACAAGGAAAUUUUUUUGCGAGAACUUAUUAGUAAUGCAAGUGAUGCUCUCGACAAAAUAAGAUAUGAAGCCAUCACGGACACACAGAAAUUAUCCGCUGAGCCGGAAUUCUACAUUCGAAUUAUUCCAGACAAAACGAACAACACACUAACCAUUGAAGACUCCGGUAUUGGUAUGACGAAAAAUGAUUUGAUUAAUAAUUUGGGUACAAUUGCCAGGUCAGGAACGAAGGCAUUUAUGGAGGCCAUUCAAGCCAGUGGGGAUAUCUCCAUGAUUGGUCAAUUUGGUGUCGGUUUCUACUCUGCUUACCUUGUUGCUGAUCACGUGGUUGUUAUUUCAAAGAACAAUGAUGAUGAGCAGUACGUGUGGGAAUCUGCAGCUGGUGGAUCCUUCACUGUCACCAAGGAUGAAACGAACGAGAAAAUGGGAAGAGGUACCAAAAUUAUUCUUCAUUUGAAAGAUGAUCAGUUAGAGUACCUUGAAGAAAAAAGAAUUAAAGAUUUGGUGAAGAAACAUUCUGAAUUUAUUUCGUUCCCCAUUAAAUUAUAUUGCGAAAGACAAAACGAAAAGGAAAUCACCGCAUCUGAGGAUGAAGUAGAUGAUGAAGAUGCUGAUGGAGAAAAGAAAAAAUCAGGAAAAGACCAAUUGGAAGAAGGAGAGGAUGAGGAGGAUAAGGAAAAAAAAGAACACAAUGAAGAUGAUGAAGACAAGGAAAAAGGAGAUGAUCAUCCUAAAGUGGAAGAUGUAACAGAAGAAUUAGAAAAUGCCGAGAAAAAAAAGAAAAAGGAAAAGAAAAAGAAAAAGAUUCACACCGUUGAACAUGAAUGGGAAGAAUUAAACAAACAAAAACCUCUCUGGAUGAGGAAACCAGAAGAAGUCACCAAUGAAGAGUAUGCUAGUUUUUACAAAUCACUCACCAACGAUUGGGAAGACCACUUAGCUGUGAAACAUUUUUCUGUUGAAGGACAAUUGGAGUUUAAGGCACUUUUAUUUAUUCCAAAAAGAGCCCCAUUUGAUAUGUUCGAAAAUAGAAAAAAAAGAAACAAUAUUAAAUUGUAUGUUAGACGUGUUUUUAUUAUGGACGACUGUGAGGAAAUUAUCCCUGAGUGGCUUAACUUUGUUAAGGGUGUUGUUGAUUCAGAGGACUUGCCACUUAACAUCUCACGAGAGUCCCUACAGCAAAAUAAAAUUCUCAAGGUCAUCAAGAAAAACCUCAUUAAGAAAUGCCUCGACAUGUUUUCUGAGCUGGCCGAGAACAAGGACAACUACAAGAAGUUUUAUGAACAGUUCAGCAAAAACUUGAAGCUGGGAAUUCACGAGGACAACGCCAACCGCGCAAAGAUCACCGAGUUGCUCCGAUUCCAAACGUCCAAGUCCGGCGACGAAAUGAUAGGACUGAAGGAAUACGUGGACAGAAUGAAGGAGAACCAGAAGGACAUUUACUACAUCACUGGUGAAUCCAUCAACGCAGUGUCGAACUCUCCAUUUUUGGAAGCUCUCACCAAGAAAGGAUUCGAAGUGAUUUAUAUGGUGGACCCCAUUGAUGAGUAUGCAGUUCAACAGCUAAAGGACUUUGAAGGAAAGAAAUUAAAAUGCUGUACCAAGGAAGGUCUAGACAUUGAUGAUUCUGAAGAAGCUAAAAAAACCUUCGAAACCAUGAAGGCUGAAUAUGAAGGUUUAUGUAAAGUCAUAAAGGAUGUGCUUCAUGAGAAGGUAGAGAAGGUAGUAGUAGGACAAAGAAUCACCGAUUCCCCAUGUGUCCUAGUUACAUCUGAAUUUGGCUGGUCAGCAAAUAUGGAAAGAAUUAUGAAGGCACAAGCAUUAAGAGAUAAUUCUAUGACUAGCUAUAUGUUAUCGAAAAAAAUUAUGGAAAUCAAUGCACGCCAUCCAAUCAUUACUGCUUUGAAGCAGAAGGCAGAUGCUGACAAGUCAGACAAAACAGUUAAAGAUUUAAUAUGGCUUUUAUUUGACACUUCUCUGUUGACCUCUGGAUUUGCUCUCGAGGAACCAACCACCUUCUCCAAGAGAAUUCACAGAAUGAUUAAAUUAGGUCUGUCCAUUGAUGAGGAUGACAACAACGACAUUGAGUUGCCACCCUUGGAAGAGACCAUCGAUGCUACUGACUCCAAGAUGGAAGAGGUUGAUUAA